UAUAAUAUUAUCCAUGCAUCACCUAAAUCUGCAGAGCUUCACUUCUAUAUAUACCCGCUUUUCGUAGCUUUUAUUCAAACAAGAUCCAAUAUCUAUAAGCCUUUCUCACAAGAGAAACAGCAAGGAUAUUAAAAAACACACAGACACACAGUCAGAAGACAAUCAAGCUGCUAAAAAUGGAAAUUUUCGGGAUUCUUCUGUUUGCAUUGUACUUCCUUCCUCAUUUGGCCUCUGCAAGCAAUGCAGGCUCUGUAACUAGGCAUUACGAAUUCAAUAUCAAGCUGCAAAAUGUGACAAGACUGUGCCACAGCAAGAGCAUUGUUACUGUGAAUGGAAAAUUCCCCGGUCCUCGGAUUAUAGCUAGAGAGGGGGAUCGUCUGCUCAUUAAAGUCAUUAAUCAUGUCCCAAACAAUAUUUCCAUCCACUGGCAUGGAAUUCGACAGCUUAGAAGCGGCUGGGCUGAUGGUCCUGCAUAUAUCACACAGUGUCCCAUUCAAAGUGGCCAGAGCUAUGUGUACAACUACACCAUUGUUGGGCAAAGAGGAACUCUCUGGUGGCAUGCUCAUAUUUCAUGGCUAAGAUCGACUCUCUACGGUCCACUUAUUAUUCUCCCCAAGAACAAUGUGCCUUACCCUUUCCCCAAGCCCCAUAAGGAAGUUCCAAUCAUAUUUGGAGAGUGGUUCAAUGCUGAUACCGAGGCCAUUAUAACUCAAGCUACACAAACUGGUGGAGGUCCUAAUGUUUCGGAUGCAUACACAUUCAAUGGACUCCCUGGACCUCUGUACAACUGCUCCUCUAAAGACACAUUCAAGCUAAAGGUGAAGCCAGGGAAAACAUACCUUCUAAGAUUUAUCAAUGCUGCACUGAAUGAUGAACUCUUUUUCGGCAUAGCAAAUCAUAGUCUCACAGUUGUUGAAGCAGAUGCAAUCUACGUCAAACCAUUCGAGACAGAAGUCAUUCUACUCACCCCUGGACAAACAACAAAUGUUCUCCUAAAGACCAAACCCCACCAUCCCAAAGCCUCUUUUCUCAUGACUGCUAGACCCUAUGUCACAGGCGCUGGCACGUUUGAUAACUCCACAGUUGCAGGACUUCUCCAAUAUGAAGGCUCUACGCGUCAUACCAUGAAAAAACUUCCGGUUUUUAAACCAACCUUGCCUUCCCUCAAUGACACAUCUUUUGCCACCAACUUCUCCAAGAAACUUCGUAGUCUAGCCAGUGCUCAAUUUCCAGCCAAUGUGCCUAAAAACGUCGACAAACAGAUUUUCUUCACAGUAGGCCUCGGAACAAGCCCCUGUGGCCUUAAAAACCAGACUUGCCAGGGUCCAAAUGGAACAAGAUUUGCAGCUUCCAUCAACAACAUUUCAUUCAUUCAACCAACAACAGCCCUCCUUCAAUCCCACUUUUUAGGCCAAUCAAACGGCGUUUAUAACCCGAAUUUCCCUGUCAGUCCUGCAUACUGGUUUAACUAUACCGGAACCCCUCCAAACAAUACUUUUGUGAGCAAUGGCACAAAACUUAUGGUUCUGCCAUUCAACACAAGUGUGGAGCUAGUCAUGCAGGAUACAAGCAUUUUAGGGGCCGAAAGCCAUCCACUUCAUCUCCAUGGCUUCAAUUUCUUUGUUGUUGGACAAGGUUUUGGCAACUAUGAUCCAAGUGUAGACCCUCAAAACUUCAACCUUGUGGAUCCUGUUGAGCGCAACACUGUUGGCGUGCCCUCAGGUGGAUGGGUUGCCAUAAGGUUCCAAGCCGAUAAUCCAGGGGUGUGGUUUAUGCAUUGCCAUUUAGAGGUGCACACAAGCUGGGGUUUGAAGAUGGCAUGGCUUGUGUUGGACGGAAAGCUUCCGAAUCAAAAGCUGCUGCCACCUCCUGCUGAUCUUCCCAAAUGUUAAUUAUUUUCAAGUCACAAUAUUGACUUCAAAAAGAAUUUUAUUGUUGAGUUGUUAUUCUUUUUCUUUUUUUGUUUCUUCCUUAAUUAUUUUUUUUAUUUUUCAUUUUUGCAACAUUUUCCUCUUGUCAUUCUAGAAUUGCUUGAUAGCUGGUGCUCCGAGAAGAGUUGAAAUUGUUAUAUUUUUUCUGAUCUCUUGUAACAUUGACAAUUAUUAAUAUACAUUUAAAAUAUUUAUCAAUUAAGUUUACGC